CCACCACGAUCGAGCCAGUUACCAUCUCCCAGCAUUUGCCGUCCCGACCUGACCAACAUUACCGGUCCACCCUGUCCCCCGGACGCUUUCCGCUGCGCUUCGGCACCGUGUCGCAGCACGAAACAGUCAACCCGGACCAUACCCGCCUACCGCCGCCAUCGCCGCCACCACCCCAGAAACCGACCCAAAAUGUGAUAGUGCCACAAGCGGCGAGCUUCAGCCAGCAGAUCGCGAAUUACUUCCUCCGCAUCCGCCGUCGAACGACGCAAGUUGUUCACCAUCAAGAUAGCACCCCCGGUCAUUCCCUAUCCCCGGAAAGCUCCAACUCCGCUAGUAGCACCCCCAACGCACCCGCCACCAUGGCCGCCACGGAUGGCCAAAUAAUACUGGCUGCGUCCCGCUUCGGCGAUACGCAACCAGUCUAUCUGAAAGAUUUCGCCAAAACCGAUCUUCCUGCUGUGGGGAAAAUCGUCAAAGGCCAGUACUACAACCUGGGCGUCCCAACUCUAUCCAACCCCUCGCUUCAGAGUACGGCUCUAUUUCUGAAUGCUGGUAGAAAGUAUCAAAUCCUAGCGCAGCCCAUCAAAAUCAAAGAGGGUCGCAAGAGUGCCAACGUCGGGCCUAAGGUUCUGAUCCCCGAAACCUACCCGGGCUACUUUGAACUCCUCAGCGAAGAUGGUCGUUCGACGCGUUGCAUCGAGAGCGUCCUCGAACUGUCCAGAAGGCGAAACUUCAGGGUGCUGGUGCGCGAAACGGUCCGCUGCAACCACAACAGUAAAUCGCUGCACGCCGGCGAAAUUCUCACCACGAUCUCAGACAACGGCAAGUAUCUGCAGUGCAAGACGUCCAAGGACGAAGUCGUCAAUUUGCCAUUAGAAGCCAAAGCCAAAUUUUCACCUAUUGCUAAAGAGGAUAGUAUUAGCGGUGUACAUACAGUCAACAACCUGUUGCAGAAACGAAUGCCAGUAACUGUUAGAUUAGUCCACGGAACGGCACCCAAAGGGCUGAAGCAACCGUUCGUGCCGGAGCUGCGUCUUCUGGGGUGCGUCGAAGUGGACCGGAUAUUUGCGUUGCCGCUUCAGAAAGAUAUGGAUUUGAUCUCGGUCCCGCUGAAUGCCAAGAUAAAGAUCCAAAGAGCGAAAAAUAUGGACCAGCUGGAUCACUUUAUCGAGUAUUCUCGCUUUCUGGACAAAGCGCAACGCCUUCUGGUUGACGCCCGUGAUCGCCUUCAAAUCAUCGACCUCAAACUGGGCGAGAAAGAUAAGAAAGAGACCACCAAGCAAACCAGUAAUCGCAAAGUGGCAUCGACCCUGUCCGGCCUGACGGCCAAUGGGUAUUUAUUGAAGAAAAGCAACAGCUGUGAUUCGAAUCGGUAUUCGCCGCCCCUGGGUACAAGCAGUCAAAAUGGUUCCGUCGCGGAUGAAUACGACGAAAUUGACCAGAUCUACGACUACGUUCGGGGUCUGGCGCCGUUACCGAAGAACCUCAACAAAUUCGAAGCGAUCGUGGAACCGACGUCGACCUCGAAUAACAGCUAUAUCCCCGUGGCCACGCACCAACAUAACCUCAAAACAGUCGAAAACAUCAAGUCCACCAGCAAUAGUAUCAAUAACAACUACAGCAGUCACUACGAUACCGGAAACUACUCCAACAUCAUCAAGCACACAAACGGAAGCAGCAUCAUCAACGGCAACAGUCUCGAAUCGACGAAACACAGUGCUGCAAUUAACGCAAUCAACAACAACCAUAUCAUCGUCCACAAGGAGGAACACAAACCGAUUCCACCGCCGAUCGAAACGAUUCCCGGCAAGAAACUACCGGAGAAGCGCCAGCGGCCAACGUUGCCAAAGCUGUACUUCAAAAACGGCCUCGGCGGUCAUCACCAGAAGAGUCCAACAUCGGCGGCCGUCAGUCCUAUGGGAGGAGGACCACCGACUCCGGGUCAUCCUCCACUGAACGGAAUGGGAACGCCGAAGGAGAUUGUGGUGGAGCCCCAGAGCCCGCUGUUUCACAUAAGAUACAAAAGCCUCAGCUCGCUGCAGUUGGCACAGGACUCUCAUCCACCGACACCGAUCUCUCCGUCGCCGAAGGGCGGCAUCAGCACUCAGGAUAAGAAUCACAUGCUCUCCAAGUCGGCCAGUACCGGGCGCGAGGGAACUCUGGACUCGUCCCGCAGCGGCGGCCGAACAUCCGGCGACUCCAAACUGCCGGAGAAGAAAACGCGUCGCCUCAGUCGACCCCGCAGUCUUUCGAACCUGGUGUGGGACCUCCGUCCCCACAAGUCGGAAAAGUCGAAAAAGAAACUCUACCUGCACCAGUUCGAUCGACAGCAGGGGACACUGUACUUGUAGGAAGGUUUACUGUAUUAGAAAGAUAUAAAGAUUUCGUCACUACCGUUUUUAGUCAACCGCAGAAAAGUUUAGGCGAAUUGAGGAACAACAACAAAACAUCCAGAGAGUUGUUCUUCCCAUGCAACGAACGAAUUAGAGAAGUAUCGAAUCAUCCAUUUGAAAGCAGAACAACAACCUAAAAAACAGUUAACUGAAUGUUUUUAGCGAAGUAUAACAGAACUAAAAAUGUUGAUUAAAAGUCAAAUAAAAUGUUAUAAAACAAUACCCACUACUAACAAACUUACUGUUACUAAUGUGUUCGAUGUUUGAAUUAGUCUCUCCGGCAGCGUCAUUCUAUAAUGCUAUCCUCUAGUUUAGUUCGACUUACAAUGCAUGGAAUUUAUUCGGAAGCAAGAAUAGAAGGAGGGCCAUUUAGGAUUCUUGUAUUAAGAACUCAAAUGCAUCACAAGCUGACCAGUCAGUAAACGAAGGAGAUUAAUUACAAACACUGCUAUCGAAUUACCAGGAAGGCAAGGGCAACACAGAAAAAAGGCAUUAUAGUGAGGAUGCGGAAAGGAAACGCGGUUACAUUGGUUAAAAAAAUAUCGAGAAUCAUAGUUUUACUUUCGCCAUUCGUCGAUAAGGCUGUGGUAAUUAUUAUUACUUUAAAAGACGUACUGCUUAUCUUAAUCUAUUCCAGAGUAAAAGACGAACAUUCGUAUAUUCAAUUUAGGUUUCGUUAAGGUGAAAAAGACACUGCUCCUUUAGUUAUGUUUUAACGAAUUAUGUUUCGAGGCGCGAAUAAGUUUAAUUACAUUUGAAAAGUUUAAGUUCUUUUGCUUUGUUAUUCCGAAAACGCCGAAAUGGAAGUAUUGUGUCCCUCCUUUCUUUUCAGUCAACCAAAAUUCCCAAUACUUGACCAACACGAACCACCAACAUGACUAAAUAAAUACAAAUCAAUGCUCAAAUUUAUUUAGUUUAUCGUUGACGCACAUCUUCCACCCCACGUUCUGCACAUAAAGCUCUUGAAUCACUUGACGUUUACUUUUUGAAAUAUUGAAAACGCUUCCAUUUCGCGGACCAUCAACUGAAAGCAACUGAAAUUUUCACUUUUCAUACGGAAUCCAUUAUUAUUAUUAUUAUUAUUUACAGGGGAAUUUCCGCUCAUGGAAACAGUCGGAACUAUUCCAGUUUAAGAUAAAACACAAAAUCACUAGCGAUGCACACCUAAAUUUGUAAGAUUUUACGACGAUGCGAACUAAACCGAAUGUGUGCUGAUGUAGAAAGAUGACUUUCGUUUGAAUGAAUUAAAGCAGUAACCAGUCAGAACUCUAUUGUACUAUUUCAAUUUUCUCCACUUGACUAAUUGGAAUUUAUUUUCGAAAAACGAGGAAUUCAAAAUUCAUAAGUAUGUAUAUUCUCUCAUACAUGUUUUUUCCAUUCCGGUAGCAACUACAUUUUAACCACACUAAACAAGCGCUGUUAUUAUAAUAUUGAAAAUUGAAGAAAAUCUAGUUCUUAGAAAUAUCAUUCAUUGGAUAAGCAAACAAUGGAAGUCUAUUGGAAGAGUAAUAUUUUAUUGGAGGAGAUGAGAAAAUAAAAAUAUGAAAAAUUAUGA